UUGAAUGUUUCAGCCCUUAAAGGGAAGUAAUCGUUGGAGGAACAAGUCCCAAAGUUUCCCGUGUUUUCUCCCUUGUGUAUUCGUUCAUUUACGCACAAGGUUUACCCUACACUGGCUACCGCAGUGUUUUGUCCUUGGUCGGCUGAAAUGUCCAACCCUAGUAUAGCUGAUAUCCACUGUGUAUACACAAGUGUGUGAACAGCUCAGGAAAUGUCAAACCAUUCAUCAAGUGUUUCAAUCUACUCACUGGGGCCUAAGCCUCGAGGAAACCAAAGACCACAUCCUGCCCCGACGGUCACACUCAUAGGAACAUCGAACACACCCGGAUGUUGAUCUAUAAUACUUAUUUAUUUAGUUUACACUUAUGUUUAAAUAUAACAAUACACUUCUCUACACACCUGCCCACUACACAUACAAUAUGAUGACAUUAAAGCUGAACUAUUAUUUCGCGAUUCGGGAAACUCCGAUAAAGUAGAUCGACAUUGAGAAACAUUUUUGGAAUAGAGUACACAGCUCUUAGUUCCGCCAUCUUGCCAUUCCUCGUCGUGACCACAGCAAGAGAAAUAACUAAGUUAUUUUACUGCGAAAUUGAGAGAAAGAUUUAUUUCAGGACAGAGUGGAGACCACGUGGUAAAGACUCUGCCUCCGACAAACUUGGUCCUGUACAGGGGAGACCACUGUCAACAAUGUCUGCUCAUCCGUCGUCUGGUCAGGAUCAGCGACCUAUAGGAGAAGGUGGUAGACAGAGUCGUAGAGGCGGUGGUCGGGUCAAAGUUUACCUACACGCUGUGACUGAUGAACAGGUGGAACUACUUACAGAUACAGUGAACACACGCCCCCUGGAAGAGGUAAAGAAAAACACAGGCGCUGACAUACAGUUUGACCCCAACCCCUCACCUGUACCAGGUAUGAAGAUUCUUAUCAUCCGCGGUCUUCAUUCUCAGAUCGAGGCUGCAGUCAGGCUCAUCAGCCAGAAGACUGGUAUAAAGGACCCAUUACCAGACCAGGCCCAGACAUUCUGGCUACAGUGGGUGGAGGCCGCAAGACAAACCGAUAAUGUGGACGGUGUAUGUGAAUGCGAAUGA